AUGGCCCUGAAGUGUCGUGAUAUUGUCAUACUGGGCACUGGCGUUUUCAUUGCUUGGGGGUUGGCUGUACGCUGCCUGCCAGUUUUGCGGUACCUUGGGUAUGCCGUCGGAUUAGGCAUUCUGCUUGCUUCAGUCGCCUUCUUUGGUCUUGUACUCUUCACAACCCGGAGCCCUAACGAUGCAGACAACUCCCGAUCUCAAUGUUUGCCUGUCGCGUUUCUCACUCCCCCCAACUGGCAGGUUGAGACUCAAGGUCUAAAGAAGCGCUCCAUCUACAAUCCCGUGUCCCUCUACCCGCAAUCCUUUAUGGUGUCCGAAGGUAUCGACGAGCUUCUGGCGCUGGUUACCCGGGAUUUCAUAGCGUCAUGGUACCUUGGUAUCAGUCCGAACCCAGCAUUCGUGACUGAAGUAGACCGAGUGUUUCGGGCAGCCAUUGGAAACCUACGUGAUCGGUUACUUGCGGAAGAUCUUAUAUCGCUUAUCGUCUCCCGUAUAUUUCCUAUUCUGACCACACAUCUUAAAGAGUUCGACGUCGCAGAGCGAUCGGUGCGGGGGCGGAAUUUGACUCGAAACGUUACCGAAUCCGAUGAGCUCGACAUCGCAAUUGCAAGCAAGUAUCGCGAUGGUCAUCUACAUCCUGCUGCAGUGCUGUGUCUUUCAGACCAAAAGCUAGUAGAGCAGGAAUACCUCAGGAAAGUCACAGUUGGGCUACUGCCUCGAUUGUUCCCUGAAACCGUUUUAAGCAGUCGUAUCGUUUCAGUUCUAGUGAGAGAACUACUCUCAUGCGCUGUGCUCUUCCCUAUACUAUCCGUUCUAUCCGAUCCCGACACCUGGAAUCAAUUGGUGGAGGCCUAUGGACGAACAGCUCUUCAGGAUCGCAAAACGGUGCGCAAGCUUCGAGCGGCAUUGGAUGAGCAUGCAUCGCCGGUGCCUAGGUCAAAACAUGGAAAUCCAUUCCCACGACUCUCGCCAACUGAUUCAGAGAGGGCGUUUGAGCGUUUCGUUAGGGCCAUCCGGCAUUGUAACAAUAUUUCCGAUGCUAGACGAUUCAGAGCUCUUGUUGCAAGCCAGUUGAAGCGGGAAAGUAUGGUAGAAGGGCAAGAUCCCGUCUAUCUUCGGCGAUUAGAGACGGGAAAAAGAGUUCUUGACCAGAAGGUAGCGAAGCUUUCAGCUCCAGCUAGUAGUCGUGCAUCGCACGCCACCGCGGCUACGACGCACUUUCGCCCCCUGAAAUCCUCACCAGCUCAAGAGGCGUCCUUGGUGGAUGUAAUGCAUGAUGCAUCAGGUCUAUCUUACUUUAUGGAGUUCAUGGACCGUCAACAACUUAUGUUUCUCGUGCAAUUCUGGAUUGUGGUUGAUGGCUUACGCAACCCACUCGAAGAUGACUUUGGUGACGAGACAUCCCCAAGUUCCACGACAUGGACGGAAACAGAUAAAAACGAUAUGGCUUUAAUCAGUGAAACGUAUCUGUCGAAACCCCAACUUAAAGUAACGGCCGAGUCGCGUCGAGCUGUGAAAACUUUCUUGAGCGCCGGGAAGCGAGCUACUCCAGAGCAGUAUCGCAAAGCUCGGACAGUGAUAUUGACUACUCAAUCUGCGGUAUUAGAAGAACUCCAGAAUGUCUAUUACCCCAAAUUCCGACAAUCCGAUUUAUUCUAUAAGUAUCUCGCUUCAGAUGAAACAUCUCAUUUUGAACCUCAUACGGCAGCUGUACCGCAUGGGGAUGUCACCCCUGCCGCGGAGGUAUUUGAGAGACGGCCACUUCCUCCAUUGAUGGGCCAUCUCAGAUACAAUGAUGCCUCGUCAUCUAGGCUAUCCAGCAAUGAUCGAUAUCCACAAUCACCUCGUAGCUCUGUGGAAUCCACACGAGUAGACGACAAAACCAAGCCCAACAUCUCUUCUCUAGGGUUGGUGGAUGAAUCUUCGCGACUCGGCGUUUUUGCUGAUGAUCUCUUCCCUGACCACCAUAAAUUUAUUGAGGACGAAUAUGAGGAACCCGCUGAAAUAGAGGACAAAGACCCAGCUGAUGAAGUCCAUGAAGCCCCCCCAGGGGAUCUUGGCUUGACGGAAGCGAUCGAAGCACUCACGGCAGAGAUUGAGAAACUUGGAUCCCAGGAAUCGGUAGUGGAUGCCUUGACGCGGAAAGCUGAGCUCACAAACAAUACUGCAGAACUAAGAAUUUUACGAAAGUCAAAAGCUAGCAUUCAACGGGAAGUCCGCCGCAAGGACAUGCAGCGGCAACAGUACAUGAUCCAAGAAAGUGAUAACAGCUUGUAUGGUCGUUCAACUGUUCGAAUCACGUCUAUUGUUGUAGGAAAAGAAGAGGACGGUCGCGAAUUUGCAAUGUACGUGGUUGAAGUGCAAAGGAAUGCUGGAGAGCAAAUGCCAGCGGCGUCCUGGGUUGUUGCUCGCAGAUAUAGUGAGUUCCACGAACUUCACCAUAAACUACGCAUGAGGUAUCCGUCGGUGCGGCACUUAGAAUUCCCACGACGACGUAUGGUGAUGAAGCUUCAACGGGAGUUUUUGCAAAAGCGGCGCCUGGCGCUGGAGGCGUAUUUGCAGAAGUUGCUGCUCCUGCCAGAGGUUUGCCGAAGCCGUGACCUACGGUCCUUCCUCUCCCAGCGAGCCAUCAUCCCACGCGACGAGGCCCCUCGUGAUGGAGAGACCAAGGAUUUGGUAACCCGGAUCUAUAAUUCGGUUGCUGAUGGUAUGGAUGAUUUCCUGGGCAACUUCGGUGUACUCGAUCAGCUCUCGACAGCCGGGCAGAAUCUCAUCUCUGCAGCGACUAGCCAGCAAGCCAGCACUAUAACUGACUCAGGGCUAGCGACCGAGGACGCCGUGACUGCAGCCGAAGCCGAGGCAGAGCUGAAUGCAUUUGAGGACCGAGAAUUGGAGCCAUUCAUCAAACCGAUUUGUGAUUUGUUCCUAGAGGCCUUCGAGUUAAACAGAGGCAACAACUGGCUCCGGGGACGUGCAGUUGUUGUCGUUCUUCAUCAAUUACUUGGAGGAACCAUCGAACGGAAGGUCCGCGAAGGUGCCCGAUCCCUAGCACAGGACGAGUCAUUACUUCGAUACAUUAGCGUAGUCAAGGAGUCCCUGUGGCCAGGUGGCCUCCUGCGUGAAAAUAGAAUCCGAACGACAUCAGAGCGGCUGAAGAGUCGCACCGAAGCUAGCCUGGUAUUAGCCACCUUGAUCCCGGAUAUGGCGGGCAAUGUAGUUGGACGGACCAAUGCUCAAGGAGCCGCGCGGAGAAUCUUUGCGACUUUGAACAACCGGCGCCUCAAUACUCACUUGAUGUACACUAUUUUGGAUGAGAUCGUAUUGGUAUUGUUUGGGGGUGGUGAAACAGGACGGAUGCGAUAA